GCGCCUAGCGCAGACGUGAGCAGCUCAACGCUUCCGGGCAACGCUUCAAAAUAAGAGUUUUAAGUCUCGUUGAGGCCAUAUGUAUGACUCAUAGAUAUGAAACACUGUCGUUUGCCACGGAGUUAUGCUCAGUCACUCCUCCUGGAGUGAUUUUGUUUGAAGGGCGAAAGAAAGUUCAGUUUCCGGUUUACUGCGAGCUCUCUGGGUAACUUGAUGCCUGUAUCAUCCAGUGUCGAUACAACCAGGAGAUAGGCUGCUGUAGACGUCUGUGUAGCAUCCCGCAGAGUGUGCGCUACGUCAUGGAUGCUGUGAAGGACGGACCCAGAGGAAAGAUGGUAGCUCUUGCUGCAGGCUUGUCUGUUGGAGCUACGAUAGGCUACAUUGUUUAUCGCCACAUCAGCAACGCCAGCAGCAGUCAGGAGCCUGACGCUGAGGAGUCCAAAAUGAUUCUUCCUAUAGAAGUGUAUAGAAACAUCUCCAGAUGCCAUGCUACAUUUCUGGAUGUGGUGAGCCAGAAGUCUGGAGCUCAUGUGAGAGUUGCGUCAUACUCGGAGGAAACUGGCCAUAAGGCCGCUGUGCUUGUCCAGAUGCAGGGCUCAAAGGAGCAGAUCCUGUUGGCCCGCUGUGUCCUGGAGAACCUGGCUAUGGACUCUGAGCCAACAGUGGAGGUUGUAGAGGUUCCUCAGAAUGCCUUUGGACGUGUUAUAGGACGUGGUGGUGAGGGUUUGAAACUAAUCACAAGAAGCACAGGAGCCAGAAUAGUUUGUUCCAGAAAAAAAAAGCACAGCCCUGGAGGAAAGGGCAGUGUGACCAUCACCGGGAGCAAACAGGAGGUCAAGCAGGCUAAGGAGAUGAUUCUAGAAAGAGUUGGAGCGGAUGCAGUGGUGAGGUCAAAGAUCUCGCAGUCAUCUGCCCUUCGCCAGAAACGUGGACAUAAAGUCGUGAAUCCUGAUCCUUACUGCAUGGAACCCAAAUGCAUCAUUGGUCUGAACAACAACGACCCUGUAUCCCACACGGAGAAGAAUGGACUUGUUCAGUCCAAAGAACCCACAACUGAAUGUUUACUUCUGGAGAUGAAGGAGCUGAAAGGCACAGAUGAGCAGGAAGAGGAGAGCAGCGUGUCCACAGAUACACUCUCAGAAGUGUCAAAGUUUGAAAUUCCCAGUCCAGACCUGAGCUUCCAGCCUGAUGAACACUUAGAGGUUUAUGUGUCUGCAUCAGAAAACCCAAACCACUUCUGGAUCCAGAUUCUGGGCGUUCGCUCCCUCCAGCUGGACAAGCUGACAGAGGAGAUGAACAACUUCUACACAAAUGAAAACCCCACAGAGCAGCGGAUGGAUAGCAUUUUGGUUGGAGACAUUGUGGCUGCUCCGUAUCGAGACUAUAACACAUGGAACAGGGCCAGGGUGCUGGGGUUUCUGGGAUCUGGACUAGUGGACCUUUACUAUGUAGACUUCGGGGACAACGGAGAGCUUUCCAGAGACAGCCUGCGUCCCCUCAGGAGUGACUUCCUCAGCUUACCAUUCCAAGCUAUUGAAUGCAGCUUAGCAGGAGUGAGGCCAAAAGGAGAGGCUUGGACUGAAGCAGCUCUGGACAUAUUUGAACAGUUGGCAUACUGUGCUAACUGGAGACCCCUACAGGCCAAACUCUGCAGUUACUCUCACUCCGAAGCCUCGUCCUGGCCCAGUGUUAAGCUGUAUGACAACAGCAAAGGAAAGGCUGUGGAUAUUGGUGAGGAGCUCAUACGCCUGGGCCAUGCUGUCAGCUUCCAGGAAAGAUUUGAUGAGAAGGCAGGAGGCGACAAUCUAGGCUGUUUGCAAAGGAUGUUGGAUGAUGUGUUAGGAGCAACUUCAGAGCUCAGUCUGUCAUGUAUCAGUUUGUCAGAAGCUGCUUCAGUCUCAGGAAGUGUGGAUGACGGUGUAGAAGAUGAACUGCUCUGAGACCAAACCGAUACAUAAAGGGAUUCUUUUUUUGCUACUUAAAACAUUGUAUCCGUUGAAAAUGAUGACAUUAUGUCUCCUGUGUUCUGGCUUUAACUACGCACUCUUUUGCAUUGGUCCAUGUUGUAUGAACAGUAGGAGCAAGAAUGUUUGUCCUGUGUAUAAGCGCUUAAAUCCCCAACAUGGAGCCUUCCCUACGUGUCGAGUGCAACAUUGUUUGUCCAACCAUUUUCAGUUCCUUGUUUUGCUUUAGGGUUCUUGUACCCUGUGCUGCUGUGCCUGAAAAAGUUUGGGAAAUUUGUGUUUAAGAUUCUUCAAAUGCACUGUUGUGAGAUUUAGUGGUUACUUAAAGGAAAAUGGUUGAGGCGUUUAUUUUGUUUGUUUAUUAUAUACGUUAAAUAUAUUAAAGUUCAUAUAAUAUUUUUGAAAAGAAGUCAGGCAUUAUUGCUUAAUGAACAGAGUCAGUUCACUUAAACAAAAGGUUACAUGAAGUGGUUCAUUGCCAUAAAACAUUGUUCUUCAGAGAAAUAUUAUAUUGACCUAUAUUACAAUAAAUAACUUAUUUUAUUUGACAGAGAUUGUACCUUUAUUUUCAUUGCACAUUUCUAAAGUAAACUGAAUAAUAACCACAAUGCAAUAAAAUAAUAUUCUUUC